CUGUGAUCGAAAAAUUCUAUUAUUUUAACUGAAAGUGAGUUAUAAUCCGUAAUAUUUGUGGAUUUGAUUACAGCAAAAGUAAUAUUAUAGUUACAAAUAUAAAAUAACACACGUUUAGUAAUAUAAAGCUAGGUACAGUCUUAUGUAGAAGGUAUUACUUUGUCGCUUUUCCAUUAUACUGAAAUACUAUGCCUCUUUUUGGUAAGUCUCAGAAGAGCCCAGCGGAGCUAGUGAGAUCUUUAAAAGAUGCAGUUACUGCAUUAGAAAGAGGCGACAAGAAAGCUGAGAAGGCUCAAGAAGAUGUAAGCAAAAAUUUGGUUUUGAUUAAAAACAUGCUGUAUGGCACAUCUGAUGCAGAGCCUCAAACAGACAUCAUUGUAGCACAAUUGGCACAAGAGCUUUAUAACACAAAUCUGCUGUUGCUUCUUAUACAAAAUUUAAAUCGGAUCGACUUUGAGGGUAAGAAGGAUGUGGCACAAGUGUUCAACAAUGUGUUGCGACGUCAGAUUGGCACUAGGUCGCCCACAGUUGAGUACAUAUGCACUAAACCAGAGAUUCUCUUCACUUUGAUGUCAGGGUAUGAACAUCAGGAAAUAGCAUCUAACUGCGGUACUAUGCUUCGGGAAUGCGCCAGAUAUGAGGCGCUGGCGAAGAUCAUGUUGUACUCAGAUGAUUUUUAUAAUUUCUUCCGUUAUGUAGAAGUUUCCACUUUUGAUAUUGCAUCAGAUGCCUUUUCUACUUUUAAGGAAUUGCUAACGCGACAUAAAAUGUUGUGUGCGGAGUUUCUAGAAGCAAACUACGAUAAAGUGUUCAGCCAUUAUCAGAGGUUGUUAAACUCUGAGAACUACGUCACUCGACGGCAGAGUCUCAAGCUGCUUGGGGAGCUGCUCCUCGACCGACACAACUUCUCCAUCAUGACGAGAUACAUCACCAAUCCUGACAACCUAAAACUCAUGAUGAACAUGUUGAAAGAGAAAUCUCGCAAUAUACAGUUCGAGGCUUUCCAUGUUUUUAAGGUAUUUGUAGCUAAUCCAAAUAAACCAAAACCAAUUUUGGAUAUACUGCUAAGGAAUCAGGACAAGCUGGUAGACUUCCUCACCAAGUUCCACACGGACCGCUCCGAGGAUGAGCAGUUCAACGACGAGAAAGCUUACCUUAUAAAGCAAAUCAAAGAGCUCAAACCGGUGGAACACUAACAUUUAUUGCAUUUCAUUAUAUCGCAACUUCCUCCUCAACAAGAAGUUAGUUAUAGAUGCUAUUAUAUUUAAAUGCUUCUAAGUCACCAGAGGGUGUUUGCGGCAAAGACAGAAUUCAAUAAAAUCAUUGGAAUUCUAAAUGGAUUUUAAAUAUGGUCUGUGAUGAGUCAGGGAUGAAAGUAUAUUUGUGCUACGAGCAAAUUAACAUUUUUAAUGAAGAUUUGUAGAACUUAGUGUUACUUAUGGUUUGACUUAUAUCCUUUGUAAGUUGUUAAAACCAUUUUAGUUUUAUGACGUGUUUAGUGACAUCGCCGGAGUCACAAUCGAAAUAUAUUUUGUCACAUUGCCUACUAUCCCUAAGUUCAGAGCUUUUUGAAGAGAAAAUAUCGAGAGUCCUAGAUCUAUAAUGAAGAUUUGUAUAUAAUGUACAACAUUUUUAUCAAAACUUUUUGUUCUGUUUUCUUUUAUAUUCUCAUUCACCUACAGAAUUAUAGAUUGUUACGUGAAGCAAAGUAUUUUGUAAUAUUAUAUAUUGUCAGUAUUUGUUAUCUUUAUGUAACAUUGUAUUGAAUGUCGUUCUUAAAAUAUAUAUUUGUACCAUUUUCAGCGUCUUAGUUUCUGUAACAAUAUAUUUUUCAUAUUUGUUGCAUAAGCGCUUCGUAGACAAUCUGUAAAUUAAUCCAAAAUUUCUCCUAAUUACUGUAUUUUUAAUGUGUUAUAGACAUUUAAGUUGUCAAAAUUUUUGUAUGUUAUAAUUUUUAUUUUGUCACGAUCAUUAUUACAAUUAUUAUAUUAUGUGGAAACCGAAUAAAAUAUUUAUAUCAUUUAGUCUUCUUGAUUAUCUCUCUGUUGACUUUAAUCUUCCUAAAUAUUGAAAAUCCUCAAGUUGUAGGUGUCGGGGAAAAGAAAUUCGGAGAGGGAUUUCCAGGUCUUAGCGAUUCUAACAAAAACCGAACAAGUGCGAGUCGGACUCGCGCGCGGAUAUUUCCGUACCAUCAGCACGUUUGUUACUUUAAUAUUCAUAUUUUAUCAUCAUUCACGUUUCUAAGUAUUUGUUAAAAUUAACCAAAUAUUGCUUAAAAUAACGUACUACGUUAUAAUAAAUAAACGAUCGAUAGUAUCAUUAUAUAUUUAUUAGAUGAACCGUAAUGUUACAAACUGUACACCUUUUCUUAAUUGUAUCUACAUUAAUGCAGUAGGUAAUUAUAUCUGAAGAAGAACACAAUAAGUAGGUAAUGUAAAUGGCUUCUGUAAAAGACUGAAAUUUUAAAAAGCCAAGUAACGUGAAUGUUGCUCAUUAUGAAAUUAUACCAGAUAGAAGCAACAACAUACAACAAUGAUGUUCCACUUCAGUGAUUCGUUAUAUACGAGUAUGUUGGUAUGUAGUACAAUGAGUACCACUUGAUAUUUAAUGGUUCUCCAUAGUCUCAUAGAAUAUUAUGGUGAACGAACGAAUGAAGGUGACUUAUUAAAACUGUAUUGUACCUAGUUGAAUUGAGCUGUAAUAGUUUUAUGGAAAUUUAAUUGAGAAAGGACCAUGUCGUCGGCUUAUAUUUUUACUAGGCAGUAGUUUUAAGAAAUUACAAUUGAGAGUAAGAUCUCAGUUCAAACUGCAAAAUGUAUUAUUACCAUUGUGUUCAUUUUCCUGGUUUAGGAAACGUAAUGAAAUCAAAUCUUACCCUGAUAAGAUCAAUCAGUCUCCUAAAAUUAUAACGGAACUUGUUAUACUAAAUUACCUACACGAAUAAAUCUAUACAUAUCAUAAAGGAUUGAAAAUCCUUUUACAGUUUCUCACAUAUUGCCAUUUCUAAUCACAUGAAUAAAAGAAAAACUCUUUUAUAUAAACAAAAUAUUAAAAUUAGUGUUAAUAUAAUAAUGGAAAAAUCAAAAAUGAAAAUAAUUUAAACCUAAUCUCACUGUCCACUUAAGCAUAUUCAUGAUCUAGUAAAAAGAAAUCGGGAAAAUACAGUGUGCACAAGAACUUCAUAACAUUAUAA